CAACGGCCACGCCCCUAAAAAGAACAAAGGGGCGGAGCUCGAUAGUACUCGGGGAACAACGAUUCAGGAAACGGAGUACAUUUGUGGAGAUUUUUAGCACGGUCAUAAGCAUCGGGGAUGAACAUUCUUCCCAAAAAGUCGUGGCACGUCCGCAACAAAGACAAUGUGGCUCGCGUACGACGGGACGAAGCGGAGGCUGAAGUUCAGAGGCAAAAGAGGGAGGCCCGCGUCCUGCUGGCUGAACAGGAGGCCCGGACUGAAUUCUUACGGAAGAAAGCACGUCUGUCAGAUGCAGGAGGUGAUAAGAGUGGUUUAGACCUUGUUUCUUUGGAUUCAAAAAAGCCCUCAGGACACCUUAACCUCUUUCAGGGGUUGCAAGAGGGCGGCAACAAAGAAUAUGAGGAGGAGAAGAAGCAGGAAAAGGAGCGAAAGGAAAAAGCUCUAGGAAUCCUAACUUACUUGGGCCAAAGUGCAGCGGAGUCUCAGACAUCCAUUCCCUGGUACCAGGAGCUGCCAGAUCGUAGCAAAGCCAUUGCCAAGGAUGAGAAACUUAAGGGAAGGCUGGACCCUCUGGCUGAGAUGGGGAAACAUUUAUACAAGAAGAAAUGCUCUCAUAAAAAAGAAGAAAAGAAAGAAAAAGGAAAACCGGAGCACAAUGAAAGCAAAGGAAAACUCGCACUCAGGCCUCCAUCUUCUUCCCCAUCAUGCUCUCUGGAACAGCUCCGCCAGGAAAGGUUGCAGCGGGAACGGGCAGAACGAGCUCGAACCGAAUCUCUUCUUGCCCAGAGAUCUGGAAUGGGCCCACGCCAGGAGGAAGAAAUGGAAAUGGAUGAAAGGAAACGUGGCUACAACUCACAGUUCAACCCUCAGUUGGCAAGACAGAGGGCAGUAAAAGACAGUCGAACUGAGUGGGUAUAAAGCAGGAAAUCUGCUUGGUCAUACCCAAUUUCUUCAGCUGAAAAUGUUCAGUGCAAAAUGCUUCAGACUUCCUGGCCGUAAACCUGCAAAACCAGGCCAUAUGGCUUCAAGGAUGACUUUUGCUCAAUUAUAAUUAUCACUCACUGAAACACAAUAUUGAGCAGGAAAGUCAGCCAAGCAAUUAAUGUCUAUUCUUGAUGUUUGUUCUGAAUUGCCAUAAAACAUAAAAAAAGCUGGAUUGAUAACGGAUGAUUUCCCAAUUCAGUAACUUAUCUGCUUUAUUCUUUAUAGCCUUCCUGAAUAAAAAUUUAAAAAUAUAUUACGGGGCACCAUAUUGAUGAUUCUGAAUUUAAUUGUAAAUGCAGCAACAGCAAACCUGGAGAACUGAGGCAGGGCCAUAUCUAUCUAUCUCAAAAUAUUAGUUUACUGCCCUAAGAGAUGGACCAAGGUACUAGUCAAAAGCACCAAGUCUGGCAUACACUGAGACGACUUCAAGAAUGAAUGGUGGAAGAUCCCAGAAGUGGUGAGGGGGUCAUUCUUCCACUUUUUUGUAUGUGGUCCCGUUGAGAAAAUUAGUAUUGCCAGUUUUCCUGCUUUUGUAAUUCAGUGCUCAUCUUCGUAUGUGACCAUCUGCCAUUAUAGAGGAAUGAGCAUGAGAAAGGUUUUGGCCCACUGUGAAGAUUUAACCUUGUAAUAAGAGCAUUUCAGAGGCAGUCGUAAUGUUCUAUUUUUUUUAGAUGUGAAAGACUGGAGCACUUCACGGUAAUGCAGGCUAAGUGAUGUAGAAAAGGUUAUGAUGU